AUAGCUUGGUUCAAAGAACUUAAUAGUUGUCAGAAAGGUCAUAUUAGAAACGAACCGCUCAACAAAUUGAAAUUAUUGCUAUGCCAAACACCUUGAAAUAAUUUUAAGUUGGCAAUCGCUCACCUCACUGUAUUCACAUUUCAUCUCGGCGACCACGUGACUUGGGCUUUGUCUGUCGACGAAAAAUGUUCCCCACUCCGAGGGCUCCCCUAUUGCUAGAAAAUUCAUUGAAUGGAUCUGUUAUCGGUCAAGUGGGAGCAAAGAGAUAACCCCGCGGCUAGAUAAGCCCCGAGAUGCCAAGCUUGGAUCGGAUUGUGGAGUGGUGUGAUGCGAGAUCUCGGCUUGGAAUCAGUCAAACAAAUCCCAGUUCGCCGGCAAGAUGUGGUUCUCUUCGACUAUUUUCAUUGUCCUAGGAGCAAUAACUUUGGUCCAGGCUAACAUGCAGUUUCACUUCUCACUGGAUUUCCAUGUGAAGCAGCCACCCAACUCGACCGACACCAUCGACAAGACCAUUAUUGUGGAGAACAAUCAAAUAUCGAUGGUGGACAACGAAGAAACGACAACCAGGUCUCCGAUGGGCCAGUGGACGGAUCAGGAUCAGUAUAAUCGGGCCACCUUGCAGAAGGUGAUGGAUACACGGAGAUCGGUGCAGCAGCUGAACACGGAGCUAUCACCCUUGGCGGGCAGGAGUACCGAUCUGGCCAGGAGAAUCAAACAGAGUCUGCGUUAUGUCAACGAUGUGGAUGCCGCCCUGGAUGAUCUGACCAACUUUGGGCAGCUGGUGGAGCUGCUCAGGAAGUUCGUCACCCUGGUGGAUGGCCUAAGAGAUCCCAACAACUUGGGAGGAAUACGCAGUCUGGAGUACGUACUCCUAAAGCUAGCCCUCGAGAAAUACGAUCUUCUUAAGAAGCGACACGAGGUCGGAGAAUAUUUGGAUCCGGUGGAGAGUGCCUGGCGGAGGUACCAAAACACACAGGUGGUUCUGCUCAAUAACUCCACCUGAACCCAGCCCAAUUGCUUAGGGCUCUUAGUCUUACAGACCUUGCUAGGGAUAUACAUAGUUUUAGGAUAGCGCAGGACAAAGACCAGCAUCAUCGGACGAGACAAUCGCUGCACCAUGAUCUAGGGUGGCACGGUCCUUCAAAAGGAAUGAAAGCCAUUGAAGGGACUUCCUGUCUAUUAUUCGGUUUCACUGCAAUGCCCAGAAUUGCUACAGGUACGCCAUGGGAGAUAGAUCUAGGGGUAGCAGACCUAAAUCUCCUUCAGUGCCCGGUUUCGUUAAGGCUGGAAAAUACGUUACACACGCUGGGAAUGCCUUAAUACACUGAGGGAAAAAUCCGGGGUGCAAAUCAUUACCAUUUGUAAAUAAAAAGUAUUUUAUUAAACCCAAUUGAUUCUUAAGGGAAAACCAUUAUAAUAUGUAAAUCUAUUAAACUGAAGUAGUCCAAGUCCAUCUACAUUUUUAAGUUUCUUAUCAGUUAAAGUGUUAUAUUAUUAUCAAAAUGUUUAUUGAUUGCCCACAAAAACAAAUGGAAACAAUCAAAUAAGUUAUCAACCAUAGAAGCAAUAAAUAUUCCUUGAUAAUAAUAUGUAAAGAAAAA